CACAUCCAGAGACCCACUCCCUCCCCUCCUGGAGACACACUGUCAUCUCUUGUCACACUGCAUCCCUGACUCCCCCCUCCCCAUCUUUACCCUGGCUUCAUCUGGGGACCUGCAGGACCCCAGCCCUGAAUUCGAGCCCCAGGGCCCCCCUUAUCCGUUCCCUUCCAGGAUGAUGGUUCCUGCAUCCCUCGUAUUCUUAGUCUCUCCCUGGCUCCUCCUGGCUGGAGGUGUCUGUGCUCCCCCCCAGCACAUUUGACACACUCUCCCCAUCUCCCCCUACAUUGCUGCUGGGUGUCUGAUCCGUGUUCCCCUCCUCCUCUUCAUCAUCAUCAGCACCUCUUCCAAAAAGGAUGCUCUGGCUAUAAGGACCUACCCGAGCCCCCGCAGGAUCACCCCCUUCCUUGCUGCAACCCCCGGCUGAUCCUUCCACAAGGAAGCAGGAUGGGGAAGGACCAGGAGCUGCUCCAGGCUGUGAAAGCCGAGGACCUGGGCAUGGUUCAGAAGCUGCUGCAGAGACCCAAAGCGGGCAAAGCCAAGCUCCUCGGAUCCGCCAAAAGAGUGAAUGUAAAUUUUCAAGACACUGAUGGGUUCUCGGCCCUGCACCAUGCGGCCCUCAUAGGGAACACUGAGCUCAUCUCUCUGCUCCUGGAAGCACAGGCCGCUGUGGACAUUAAAGAUAACAAAGGGAUGCGUCCGCUCCAUUACGCGGCUUGGCAGGGCAAGAAGGAACCUAUGAAGCUGCUUCUCAAGUCUGGGUCUGCGGUGAAUAUCCAGUCAGACGAGGGGCAGAUCCCAUUGCACCAGGCGGCUCAGCAUGGACACUACGAUGUGUCUGAGAUGUUACUUCAGCACCAGUCUAACCCCUGUAUCAUGGAUAUCUCUGGAAAAACUCCUCUGGACCUGGCGUGUGAGUUUGGAAGAGUUGGGGUCGUUCAGCUGUUAUUAAACAGUAACAUGUGUGCGGCGCUGCUAGAGCCAAAGCCCGGAGAUAGUACGGACCCCAACGGGACCAGCCCCCUGCACCUGGCCGCCAAGAACGGUCACAUCGAUAUUAUCAGGCUCCUCUUGCAAGCGGGAAUUGAUAUUAAUCGUCAAACCAAAUCGGGAACAGCUCUACACGAGGCGGCCCUGUGCGGGAAAACGGAGGUGGUGCGGCUCCUUCUGGAUAGUGGGAUCAAUGCUCACGUGAGGAACACCUACAAUCAGUCAGCCCUGGACAUCGUCAAUCAGUUUACGGGCACUCAGGCCAGCAAAGAGAUUAAGCAGAUGUUACGAGAUGCCUCGGCGGCUCUGCAGGUCAGGGCGCUCAAGGAUUACUGCAAUAACUACGAUCUGACCAGUCUCAAUAUUAAAAUGGGAGACGUGAUCACGGUUUUGGAGCAGCAUCCUGACGGUCGGUGGAAAGGUUGCAUUCAUGACAACAGGACGGGCAAUGAUAGAGUGGGCUACUUCCCGGCCAAUCUGGUGGAGGCCAUCAGCAAGCGAACAGGUUCAUGGGGCUCAUGUCACAUAGAAAACCCCAGGCCACAGCCCACCGUACGAAGGGCACCAGUAUCUAAUGGUGACCUGCACCACUCCUUCCAUUGCCUGAUGCCGCCACCACAUUCUAAUCCAAUGCUUUUCAGUACAUUUGGUUACCAAAAGUCCUGCUUUCCUGCAGGGAAACUGCAUUACGAACCAGGUUCUCGAGGAUCAGAAUCCAGUCCGUCUCAUAUGUCUCCUGGCCCCACUUCUGUGGCCCCGCCGGAGGAAAUUUGGGUACUGAGGAAACCAUUUGCAGGUGGUGAUCGCAGCAGCAUGGGCAGCACAGGAAGCGCCACCAGCGGUCGGAGUUCUGGGAGCGGCCAGAGUGCUGGCAGCCCCCAUGCUAUACCUGCUUCCGCAGAGGGGGUCAAGCUGCUCGCCACUGUUCUUUCCCAGAAGGCAUUGGGGCAGGAGCCCGGAGACGCCUGUGAGGGCCACACAGGAUCCGGACGACCCCAGAGCCUUACAAGCUGUCCCUACAAUGAGCAAUUGCAUGGAGACCACUCAAAGAAGAUGGAAGCCAUGACAGAAGGGAAGAGCGCAGAAGCCGUCUUCCAGUGGUUGUGCAAGUUUCAGCUCCAGUUGUAUGCUCCCAACUUUAUUAAUUCUGGAUAUGACAUCCCGACCAUCAGCCGGAUGACGCCCGAGGAUCUCACAGCCAUUGGAGUGACUAAACCCGGGCACAGGAAAAAGAUCUUCUCCGAAAUCAAUAGCCUCAAUAUCGGAGAAUGGCUUCCUGAUUACAAACCAGCAAACCUGUCCCUUUGGCUAUCAAUGAUUGGGCUUGGUCAGUAUUACAAGGUCCUGGUGGAAAAUGGUUAUGAGAACAUUGAUUUCAUUACCGAUAUCACUUGGGAAGAUUUGCAAGAAAUUGGAAUCAUCAAGCUGGGUCACCAGAAAAAGUUGAUGUUGGCCGUAAAGAAACUGUCUGAGAUCCAGAGGUCUGAGUAUGGUAAGUUCGAUUCAGGCAGCAUGAGAAGAAGACCACCGCAGAAGAACCUGGAGUCAAUGUCGAUCGAGUCUCCUCCACCGGACAGUGCAGAGUGUCAGUCCCCAAAAAUGAAGACCUUCCAGGACAGUGAGCUGAGUGAUGAGUUGCAAGCAGCCAUGACUGGUGACACUCCAGAUGGCUCUGAAAAUCAAAUGAAUCAUGCACCGCACCACAGAGAAGGUUCUUACAGAGGACCCUCUGGAGCAAGGCUUCAUCAUGAAGGGAGUCUGAGUGGUCGAGCUAGGCACAUCAGCAGUUCCCAGGAACUCUUGGGUGAUGGAAGCAAAGGGCCUAGUGCUGUUAUGUCGAAGAGCCAGGAAUACUUGACAGAAGAAGUGAAGAGAGAAGAUGUAACCCGAGAAUCCAGGCCCCUCAAGCAUGGACAUUCAGUAAAAAGGGCCAGCGUCCCACCAGUUCCAGGGAAGCCUCGGCAGUCGUUCCCUCCUUCAGGAGGACAGACCUAUACCCCACCACAAACCCCAACUAAGGGAACCCCUUCAUCACCACAAGCAGUUAAUACCCCACAAGCUACUGCCAAAGUGAAGCCAACACCUCAGCUUCUUCCACCUUCUGACAGACCCAUGUCUCCUCGUUCCUUGCCUCAGUCUCCCACCCAUAGAGGUUUUGCUUAUGUUCUUCCACAGCCUAUUGAGGGUGAAGGAGUCCCUUCCCACUUGGCACAGGCAGUGCCUGUGUUGCCAGUGUCAGUUCCAGUCUUAUGCCUUCCACCGGCGGGCGAGGGAGAAGAUGAUGAUGAAGAUGCUCAGGAAGGAGGAAAAGGAGAGCAUGGACGUCCUAAGAAGCGGGCACAUAGUUUGAAUCGAUAUGAUGGUUCUGAUGGAGAUAAAGAAGAGCUGUUGGUUAUUGAUGGUGGUCCAUACGGUACAGGACAGAGAAGAGUGGGUAGGAGCCACUCUGUAAGAUCACAAUCUGGGGUUGAUAAGAACGUUAAUCGUAGUCAGUCCUUUGCAGUGCGUCCCAGGAAAAAAGGACCCCCACCACCACCACCCAAGCGUUCUAGUUCUGCCAUCUCUGGGACCAACCUCGGUGAUGGUUUAUCUGCUGAGGAUGCAGGUGGCGAGGGCUAUAGGGAACAGAGGAGAGCUAGUGACUUUGGUGGCAUAGUGGACACUGGAAGUGCUGGCAGUGUAAAGAGCAUUACUGCCAUGCUAGAACUAUCAUCCAUUGGUGGGGGACCAAGGGCUAUAUCUGGACAGAGACCAAGGGGGUCUGAUGGGUACUGCUUUCACCUCAUGCCACAUCCAGGCAGCCCUGAACUUCACCGACUUCCAGGGAUUGUGGCUGGUGUCAAGCACCGUGAAGCCAUUGGACUGGAUGGAGAGGUAGUUAAUCGUCGGAGGACCAUAAGUGGACCAGUAACCGGACUAGUGGCUGCAGCACGGAGAGAACGCCAAGAGGCCUCGAAGCCCCCUGACUCGCCGUGCAGUCCUUCUGAAGUAAUCCCAUUUGCAGAAGAGCGCAAGCUUACUGUUAAACACCGUCCACGGCCAUCAACAAAGGAGCAGGCAGGCUCUCUAACAGCAGAACAAGCCAAACACGCGGACUUGACCUCUGUUGAGUCCAGUGUGACACUUAAGCGCCGGGUGAAGGCCAGACAGGGCCAGCAUCCUGGAGAUAUGAAAUUCUUACUGACAGAAUCAGACACAGUGAAGCGCAGGCCAAAGCCCCGAGACAAGGACGGUGGAGGGGCAGAGCCACUGGUAGUCUAUCAAAAUGGAAUGGGCACAGUAAAACGCCGCCCUGUUUCGGAGCUGAGCGUGGGUCCAGUAGGACGACAGGACAGCUCAGAACAUAUACUGCAGACCCCAGAGCGCAGCAUUAAACCACCUGUGUCACCAAAGCCCACCAUUAUUCACCCUCCUGGAAAGACCCCUUCCACUCCCACAAAGAAGACUCAAGUCACAGGUCCCGGAGGAGAAGUAAAGAAGGUAAUGGGAACUCCUCCACCCGUCUCUCCCAAACCUACUCCUCCCCCAACAGCUCCUAAGCCCACCAAACCCCAUGCGAUCAUACAAUCCUCUAGCGCAAGCUCAACUCCGGCCCCGUCUCCCGUCAAGCAACCCAACAACAUCAAACCUUCCAGCACGCCCCCGUCUCUGUGUUCCAGCCCUGCUAAGCCUCUGACUCCGGGUCACCCCCUACAGGUCCCCAUCAAACCCCCUAGGUUGUCGAUCACAAGCUCUUCCCUAGAAGGAGGGGGCAGUGAAGCCGCACAACAGAAGUUGGAGGAGACCAGUGCUUCGCUGGCUGCGGCCCUGCAAGCUGUGGAGGAGAAGAUCAAGCAGGAGGACGCACAGAAAGAUAGCUCAUCCCUGGAGGAGAAGAGUACAGUCAGUAUCCUGGAUGACAUAGGCAGCAUGUUCGACGACCUCGCAGACCAGCUGGACGCCAUGUUGGAAUGAAGCUACAGUGCUCUCCUCAAAGGCAAGGUCAUACUGACUGCCUCCGCUUCCCUUGCUGGGUCCUGUACAGACCACCCGCCUCCUCCUAGGGCCCUUCCGAUUUCUGCCACCUGGUCUCAGAACACGUCUAAACCUUAGCACAAGCAAGUAAAGCCGAAUACCUCAGGAUUGUGCUCAGUCAGUUCGGGGAGGGGGAGGCCGAGGUCAACCGGGAGGCGGCAACGGCUAUGGCUUUGGCGGUCCAAAAAACGUGAAGAAAAGUUCCAGAAUGCAUUGCAGCACAGAGUUCAGUCAUAACCUGGACCGUGAGGACUACGCUGUGUUGUUAGCACUAAGGGUUCACAUUGAGCAGCGGAGCAGCACGCCUCCUAUUGGACGUCAGACCCAUAACUUACGCGGAAAGCUUCCCGUUUUUGUAUUUCUUGUUUUCGUCUUGUUAAGAUUGCGGUUACCAUUCAGUGUGAGAAAUGGAUAUAGACGUUUUCCCCCCAUCGUUAUCGGCUGUCUGAAGGUGAUUAUAGCACCCCCUGCUGGUGAGAAUUUAGAAGCCCCCCUGAAAGAAUAUGGUGAUGACUAGACUCAACAAGGCAAACACCAGGUCAUUACCUGAACUCUCAUCAUCCAAUCGGUAUCCCAAUAGCCAUUUGUAGUCAGCGUAACGCAAAUCUACCCCCUCCAUCCAUGUAAACCACCCACUGAGCAUGCAAAUCACAGAGCAAAAGUAGAGAGCCCUGCCUAGAACAUUCCUCGGUUGUCUUCUGCCACCUGGUGGCCAGCAGAUGUAUAGCAUCCACAGUGUUUUACCCCUAUUAGUUAUAUUGAGAAAUUUUAACAAUGAUAUCUCAGAUAGGGGAAUAAGGUAUAUUUUUGCACCCAUAUUUAUCUAUAUCCUAUUUUACCAAAUAUAGAUUUUAACCCACCGAUGAUAAAAUAAAAAUUAUCUUCCGUUACAUAGAAAAUAUUUUACAAAAUCAGAAAUAAUAAGUAUUUUGGAGAUUCAGGGGGGGACCAGGAAUAGAAAUAUUGACGGAUCCCGUGACCACAGAACCACCACCACCAUGGCGCCUCCACUUUCCGCUGACUCAUUCCCAUUCCUGGAGCGCAAAGAUGGGAGAGCCCGAAUCCCAAGGUCCGAUCCCUCUACCCGCCAGCAACUAAUAAGAAAGCACAGAAUUUAUAUUUCAGGAUAGGAGGGUCAUGGAGGAGGAGUCCAAAUUGGGGCGUUUAUAUUUUUGAAAGAUAAAAAAAAUUCCAUAACUGGUGCGUGGAAAUCCACAGAAUCCACGGAAUAGCCGCCAAUCCCCUCCGCCCCAUCCUAAUUUCUGGAUAAUAUGUACAGAAAAUGAGAGAGCACAAACCCCCGACAUCUGCUGAUUUAUGUGUUUUAUAUUUUUGCACAUUUGGUUCCCAUUAUUUAUGUGUAUAUAGAGAAUUUUUUAUUUGUUGGUUUGUGCCUUGCUUCCAUAUUAUAUUAUGCUGAAGGGUGAGGGGGCCGGUGCUGGUAGACAUUACACAUUGGGUGCUGGAUCGGGCAGAAAUGCCCCUGCUUUUGGGAGUGUGGGGGCUCGGGACCAAAGAAAUUUGCCUCAAAAUUAGGCCUAAAAGUGAUUAUAUAAGUGUUAAUACUGGGGAAAUGCGGUGUCGUUGACUAUGGCAACCAGAAUUCAGCUUUCACUUUCUAAACUGGCGCAAUUUAAGGUGCCACAAGGGCAGGUCUUUGAACAUGCUGUCCUCUACAUAAGUCUGGCACUGACAACGGGACUGCUUGAUGAUGGUGGCCUAUGCCAGUGUCAAUGGACCAUUAGACCUAAGUUAUGCCCGAAACAAAAAAUCUCAACUAGAAGAGGCCAAAAAAUUGUACACACAAAAUACAUGAACGUAGUCGGGGGUAAAUCCAACUGUCACAAAAGUGAACUCUGUGGCACAAAAUGAUAGAUGUCACAGAAUAACAGUGACAAAAUUGUAUAAAAUAGUCAAGUACUGUUAUUUUGUGAAACAAUACACAAAAUGGGGUCACAGAAUCACAGUUUGUGACCUAUAAAACCGUUCAUUUUGUGACACUGAAUGUGUCACAAGAUAAUAGAUGUCACAAAAAAACGGUGACAAAAUGGUGAUGUAAUGUUAUUUCAUGAUGAGAUACAACUUAGUAUUACAGAAUGACAUUUUGUUACCUAUAAUACGGUUUUGUUAUACUGAGUACCAUUUUGUGACACAAAAUAACGGUCACAAAAUGGUACAAAAUAGUGGUCGUCACAAAAAUAGGAUUCUUCAACAGAUACUGUGUAUACGCAUAAGACGCGGCACCAAUGUCAUGUACUGUUCUCUUGCGAGACGAGAAGCAACGUGGUGUUACAGAAUGACAUUUUGUGACACCGAAUGAUAGAUGUCACAAAAUAACAGUGACAAAAUUGCACAAAAUAGUCAUCGAUCACAAGUAUAGAAUUUGUCACCGGAUGUAUAGGCAUAAGACUCGGCACCACUGUUCUUUAAUCUGUUUAAUCUGUUCUUUAAUCUGCAACAUUGUGUUACAGAAUUACAUUUUGGUGACCUAAGUUACCAUUCUGUUUUACAGAAUGACAUUUUGUGACACCGAAUGUGUCACAAAAUGAUAGAUGUCACAAGAUAACGGUGACAAAAUUGCACAAAAUAGUCACCGAUCACAAGUAUAGAAUUUGUCACCGGAUGUAUAGGCAUAAGACGCGGCACCACUGUUCUUUAAUCUGCAACAUUGUGUUACAGAAUUACAUUUUGGUGACCUAAAUUUCUGUUUUACAGAAUGACAUUUUGUGACACCGAGUGUGUCACAAAAUGAUAGAUGUCACAAACUAACGGUGACAAAAUUGUAAUGUUAUUUUGUGAGACGAGACACAACUUGGUGUUACAGAAUGACAUUUCGUGAACUUUAAUACCGUUCUGUUACACAGAAUAUCAUUGUGUAACACGAAUAUGUCACAAGAUGAUAGAUGGUACAAAAUAGCGAUUGUCACAAAAAUACGAUUUCUCGACAGAUCUAUAGGCAUAAGAUGCGGCGUCAUUGUUGUGUACUGUUGUACAUGGUGCUACAGAAUGACAUUUUGUGACCUAAAUUACCAUUGUUUCACAGAAUCCAAAUUUUGUGACACAGAAUGCAAUUUUGUUAAUUUUUUGUAAAACAAAAUACUAUUGGCUAGAACACGGUAAUAUUUGAGGUUAUCAAAAAAUACUUUUGUGACAGAUUUCAGGUUUCAAUUCGAUUCCGCUCAUGUCUCAUGGACACAAAAUAUUAAUUUCCAUAGGCACGUAAUAAAGCCUAGCCUGUAGCCUCCUGCCAGAUGAGCAGUCAUGGUGCCCAGCGCUGCACCUCUAGUCACCGCUCCCUACCCCCACCCUAUACCAUUCAUACUGUGCCAUAAGUAUAUCCGUUGUGUGUACUGAGGGAGGGGGGGUGUAUGUGUGAACUAAAAGACGUGAUAUGUGGCGGAUAUGGUGUAUACGGUCGUCAGGGACCCCUCGUAUCUUCACGGGGCCUACGUUUUUUUUUUUUUUUCUUUUGCCGCAGACGUAAUAACCCCUUCACUGCUGGAAAACAAAUGACAGAACUACUAUAAAAAAAAUAAAUAAAUAAAAUGUACAAUUAUAAAUGAAAUAUACGAAUACAUAGAGUGUUAUUUAUGAAGAAGGCAGCGAGAAAAUCCUAAACUAUUCACGAAAGGUCUACAUGAUGGAUACAUAUAUAACAUAUAUAUACAUAGUAUAUAUAUAUCUAUUUUUUAUGAUUAAGUUAUGGAAGAGAUCUGUACUGUACACCCGUCCUGUGACAGCUAUGCAUCUUGGUGCUUUCCCUACAGUGCUGUGCUUUUACGGUUGAUGACUAUUGCAUUUUCUUUGUGAUCUGUGACGCCGUUAUCGAUACGUCUGAGAAAAUAAAAAUUGUUUUUGUUAAUUCCUUUUUUUCAUUUUGGCAUGUGUGCGUGAAUUCAUAUUCCGUUAUAAGAAGUUUAGGAUUCCUGAUCUGUCUCCAAUAUAGGAGGGGUCUCUGGUGGUUGUGGGCAGCUCUGCGAGGGAGGGGUGACCAGUCUUAUAGCCUUUGUGCCAGGAUGGACACCAUGAUGAGAGACUAAGGCUACCGAUCUUGGCCCUGACCAAAGAUUGAAUAUUCACUAUGCUACAUUAUUCUUAUUUGUUAAUAAAGCGCUAUUCAUUCCAUAGCGCUGUACAUAUGAUGAGCGGAGCACAUACAUAAUACAGACAAUUGCACUAAGCAUGAACAGGACGAGUUACAGACAGGUACAGGAGGAGAGCGGGCCCUGCCCGUG